AAGCAGCUUCUGAGGGGACAUUGCAAGCCAUGGGUGUGGAAGUGUGUGCUAGCAUCAUCAGCAGUGGGAGGGGCUGCUUCACAAACCACCAGCAAAACAUGAAUUGGAAUCACUCACAAGGCGAACCGCAGCCUGGAAGUUCCCUGAGGACGUUGCUGGCUUGCCUUCUCCACAAACUACUGAAGGAUUUGCUGGAAAGCACUGAAGUGGCCACUAUUAUGGAGGAAGACAGCGCCAUCCUUGACAGUGUUACUGCCAUCUGGGAGCUUGGGAUGAAUCAAUCUGUUCAGCUCAAUGCAACAGCCCACAAUGCCUCAUGCUCCUGGCCAGAGAAGUGGCAAUGGCUGUUUACCAUCCAGCCAUAUUUCCUCUGGUUUCUGACUGCCUUGGGAGUGGUUGAGAACACGUUUGUCCUCUUUGUUUUCUGCCUCCACAAGAGCCGAUGCACAGUGGCUGAAAUCUAUUUGGCUAACUUAGCCAUAGCUGACCUUUUGCUGCUCUGCGGAUUACCUUUUUGGGCCAUUUACAUGGCCAAUAACUUUAAUUGGCCGUUUGGGACCUUCCUUUGCAAAGCUGUCAAUACCAUCGUUUAUAUGAACUUUUAUUCUAGCAUUUAUUUCUUGGUGAUGGUGAGCAUCGAUCGCUACCUGGCCUUGGUGAAAACAAUGACUCUGGGACGGAUGCGCCGACCACUGUGUGCCAAAUGGAACUGCCUCAUCAUUUGGACCUCUGCACUGUUCCUGUGUACUCCUGCUUUGAUAUUCAGAUCACUAAAAUACAUGCCUAAGUACAAUGCCACACGCUGCAUUCUGAAUUACCCACCUGAUAGUCAUUGGCAAGUGACUACCAACAUCCUACUGAACACAGUUGGCUUUUUGAUGCCUCUCUGUGUCAUUAUCUACUGUACACUUCAUAUAAUCAAAGCUUUGAAAAACAACGACCUUCAAAAGCUCAAAGCAGUCCAGACAGAGAAGAGAGCCACCACCCUGAUCCUUGUGGUCCUUCUUCUGUUUAUUAUCUGCUGGCUUCCUUUCCAGGUCACCACAUUCUUUGACACGUUACUCACAGUCAAAGUCAUUUCUAGUUGUGCCGCUAAUGAAGCCAUACACGUGUCUACCCAAAUUGCCACAUACUGUAGUUUCAGCAACAGUUGCCUCAACCCUGUAGCCUAUGUCCUUGUGGGGAAACACUUCCAAAAGAAAUCCAAAGAGGUCUACCAUCAGUUGUUCCUUAGGCGGCCUAGCCAAGCACCAUCAAUCCAGAUGGUGAGUUCCAUGGAUACCCUGAGAACUUCUAUCUCAGUGGAGUGGCUGCGGAAAAAAUCUAUCUUUUCUGGACUGCAAUAGCACAAUUUCCUUGUUUCCAUAGGAGAGGCAAAUCCUUAAAUG